AUGUGGUUCCUGGUCCUGGGCCUUGCUCUGUGCCUGGCAGGCACUGGCGCCGUGCCCCUCGCCCAGUCCCGCAUCGUGGGAGGCUGGGAGUGCAAGAAGGCCCAGCCCUGGCAGGCGGCCCUGUACCAUUACAACCGCUUCGAGUGUGGGGGCGUCCUGGUGGCCCCCCAGUGGGUGCUCACCGCUGCCCACUGCAUCAGCGACAAUUACCAGCUCUGGCUGGGCCGCCACAACCUGUUUGAGGAGGAGGACUCGGGGCAGUACGUGCAGGUCAGCGGGAGCUUCCCGCACCCCGGCUUCAACCUGGGCCUCCUCAAGAACCACACCACGCACCCCGGCGAGGACUACAGCUACGACCUCAUGCUGCUGCGGCUGGCCGAGGCCGUGAGGAUCACGGACCACGUGCAGGUCCUGGACCUGCCCACCCAGGCCCCCAAGCUGGGCAGCACCUGCUACGCCUCCGGCUGGGGCAGCACCAGCCCGUACCCCUCCGAGUACCCGGACGAGCUCCAGUGUGUGGACCUCAAAGUCCUGCCCAACAAGGUGUGCGCGGAGGCCCACCCCCAGAAGGUGACAGACGUCAUGAUGUGCGUCGGCAACCUGGAGGGGGGCAAGGACACGUGUGCGGGUGACUCCGGGGGCCCGCUGGUCUGCGGCGGCGUCCUCCAGGGAAUCACGUCCUGGGGCCACUCCCCCUGCGCCCGACCCAACAUGCCUGGGGUCUUCACCAGAGUUCUGCCCCUCGUGGGCUGGAUCAAGAAGACCAUGGAAGACAACGCCUGA